GAUUGCGUGGUGUGCGGCGACUCCAAGCAUCCUCUCGACUUCCCUAUCAAGACACCAACUGCCAAAUGUGAACACCGCCCUCAGACUUGUGUUGAUUGUUUGCAAUCAUGGAUCGCUUCAGAAUUCGAAGCCAAAGGUUGCCAGGGUCUCACUUGUUCUGAAUGUCCUCGACGACUACAGCAUGAAGACGUCCAGCGUAUCGCUUCCGAGGCGACCUUCGCGGCAUACGAGACGAUUCUGACGCGAAAUGCUCUUUCCCAGCUCCCAGACUUUGCUUGGUGUCUUGCAGCGAGUUGCGGCGCAGGCCAAUUGAACGUCGGAGCUGUUGGCGAUUAUAUGGAAUGCCAUUCGUGCAAAUAUCAGCAAUGUCUUAAGCAUAAAUGUGCGUGGCAUAAGGAUGAGACGUGCCAGCAAUACGACUAUCGGACCAGCGGCCAGAAGGCCCGCGAUGAAGAGCGCGCGACCGAAGCCAUUCUCGACGACAUCAGCAAGAAAUGUCCUGGUGAGAAGUGCGGCUGGCGCAUUCAGAAGACGGAAGGCUGCGACCAUAUGACCUGCCGUCGGUGCCAACAUCAAUUCUGCUGGCAAUGCCUGGCACCGCAUGCGAAAAUCAAGCGCAUAGGUAACACAGCACACCAGUCGUGGUGCAAAUUUCACAGCGAUAAUCUG